AUGAACAGAAUUAGAAAGAAAUUUUUCAAAUCUUUCUAUAUUCAGUGCCUUCUAUGGACUCUAAUUUAUUCAACAACGUUAUUUAUUUAUUUUGCCUUCAUCAGACUAAAUACUUGGCCAAAACAACAAUCUUAUCAUCAUAGAAAAAUUGUUCCGGAUUACAACUGUACUUGCAACAAAAAUAUUAUUAAAAAAUCAGCAUUUAAUAUCUUACCAAGGUUUUUAAAUUUUUCUUCAUUUUCUCCAAAUAAUACAACUCAACGAAUAUUAUUUCUAUCUGAUUCAAUCAAAAAAUCGGAAAUUUUCAACUUUUUUGCUCAAUUUAAAGUGCCCGUUAGACUAGAGCAACACUUACCAGGCGAUAUUUUGCUUUUGGAAUUGAAUGGAAAUCCAAGAUUUUCUCUUAUAGUGUUUGAGAAUUUCUUGACAUUUUAUAGUCUUUCAAGCGAACAAAAAGAAGCGUUGAACAAUUUUUGUAAAAAAUAUUCUGUUGGCAUCAUUUCAUUUUUUGAAUUUGACAUUGGAAAAAGAACCCGCAAAAAUUUUGGUGAAUUUGAGGCUUUUGGUGGAUUACAAGUCAAAACAGUUUCAUUUUCUUCUAAUUCUCCCGUCAGAAAAAUAGGCAAAGAUGGAUGUGAAUAUUUUUUUUCUGAAACGGAACAAACUGAAUGGACACUUUUUAAGGAAGUAUUGCCUAAUUUAAUACCUUUAUUGGAAGCAACAACGUCAGAGGGAGAUAUUUUUUAUCCAGCUUUUAUUUUUAAUGAGGGUAUGCAUGCUAUAUUUGGAGCAAAACCUGACCAUUGGAUUGUCUAUAUUGCCUUAUUGGAUAUGAUUAAUUAUUUUGCUCCUGAUAUUUAUUCAGAAGAUUUGGAAAGAUUUAUACAGAUCGAUAUUGAUGACGUUUUUGUUGGUGCAAGUGGGUCUUUGUUUACUGCUAAUGACAUUAGAGCGCUAAUUAACCUUCAAGAAGAAUUAAGAAAUUCAAUUGACAAUUUUACCUUUUCGCUAGGAUUUUCUGGUUAUUUUUUUCGGCAUGGAUCUGAUGCUGAAAUUGAGGGAAAUGACUUUCUUGUUGCAAACGCAAAAAAUUUUAACUGGUUUCCUCAUAUGUGGAGGCACAAUCAUGCUCAUGAACAUUCUUCUGAUUAUUUGAUUGCAUUAAUGGCACAAAAUGAAUUUUUUUCUGAGGUUUAUCCUGUUUAUCAGCCACUUUUUGAUGGUUGGAAAAGAAUUUGGAAUAUUAGUGUUACUUCUACUGAAGAAUACCCACAUUAUUCGCCCUCUUCUCAACGUCGCGGUUUUAUUUAUGAAAAUAUUAGCGUCUUACCACGACAAACCUGCGGUCUCUUUACUCAUACACAUUAUUUUCAUGCGUAUCCUGGAGGAAUAAGCAAUUUUUUAAAUGGAAUUUAUGGGGGCGCUGUUUUCAAAACUUUAUUGCUAAAUAAAUUCUCAAUUUUUAUGACUCAUCAACAAAAUUUUGCUAAUGACAGACUUGGAUCUUUUACUUUUUUGAAUUUAAUAAAAUUUGUAAAAUGUUGGACAAAUUUGAAAUUGAAGUGGAUUGAACCUGUUGAAAUGGCUAAACGUUACUUUGAGAAAUUUAAAAGUGAAGAGACAUUGUUAUACACGAAUUUCUGUACCGACAAACGCCACAUUCGAAUGCUCCCAGUGACUACAUCUUGUGAUAAAUUUGAUCAUCUUCCCAAUUUAAUUAUUUUGGGUCCACAAAAGACGGGUACAACAGCUUUAUCAAUGUUUUUACAAAUUCACCCAAAUAUUUCAACAAAUUUACCAAUUCCCGGUUAUUUUGAAGAACUCCAAUUCUUUGCAGGUCCAAAUUAUAAUAAAGGAAUUGAUUGGUAUGUAGAGAAUUUUAUUUCAAAUGAAUCGUCUUUGCCCUCAUUAAUUCGUUUUGAGAAGUCCGCAAAUUAUUUUGACAACCCAAAAGCUCCAGCAGCCAUUUCAGCAUUAUUGCCAAAUGCAAAAUUGAUUGUAGUUUUUAGCGAUCCUGUUAAAAGAGCUUAUUCUUGGUAUAAGCAUAUGCAAGCAAAAAAUGAUUCUGUUGCCCUUAAAUAUUCUGCCGAAGAAGUUUUUAUUGGAAAUUUUACUGAAACUGAUCAUUUAAAAAGAAGAUCUCUUUUACCCGGCCUUUAUGCUCAACAUCUUGAAUAUUGGUUUGACUUCUUUCCCCCUUCAAAUUUUUUGUUUGUUGACGGGGAUAAGCUUCGUAAUGAACCAUAUCUCGUCCUUCGCGAUUUAUUCAAUAAAUUGGAACUUCCAAUUGUGGACAAUUUAUCCAAUCGUUUAAAAUUUUCUAAAAAGAAAGGAUUUUAUUGCAUCGUUUUGGAUAAUAAAAAAGCUUCAUUGCAUUGCCUUGGAAAAAGCAAAGGACGUCGUUACGAGCCAAUGUCUGAACGGCUGAAGAGUCAUUUGGAAGCAUUUUACUCAGAGCCGAAUAAAUCUUUAAAAGAAUUUUUAAAUAAAUAUAAAAUACCUUUACCUUCUUUUUUGAUUAAUUAA